AUGUCCGAGACCACUACCAGACAACGGGGCGUCGCUGAGAUUGCGCGUUCUCAAGUACGAGCUGCUGCAGAUGUCGGGCAGGAAGCUGUCUCGAGCGGAGCCUAUGUGUAUCCUGUCAAGGGAAUAUACUAUCUUCUAGCCCACCCACGACUGUACAAGCCAAUUGCCAAACCGCUUGGGCUGUCUUUUAUCACUAACCUGGGCAUCUUGGCGUUCUUGUUUACAUUCACAUAUCUUCCUCAAGCCGCAUUCAUGGCCAUUUUCAGCGGGCCUUUCGGGUUCAUCACUGCUAUCCCGCUUAUCCUUGGCGAAGCAGCAGCCAUUACCACUGUUAUUGCCAAAACGUUUUAUCUCGGUCCUGCACUAGAGAACUUGUUUGAUGAGACGCUGCUCCUGCAGGGCCAGACGAAGCUCGUAUCGAAUGGUCGUGAAGUGACUACUCAGUCAGGGACUAAGGCUCUUGGGAAACUGAUUCUCAAACCUCUACACAGAUUCUCCAAGGAGGGGAUUAUACGAUACAUUCUUUCCAUCCCAUUGAACUUUAUACCCGUGGUGGGGACUGUGUUCUUUUUGGGAUACAAUGGUGGGCUUUGGGAAGUCGAGCCGAAUUUACGAGCUAACGAAAAGGUUGUGUUUCCCCAGGAUCAACGUAAACGAUGGAUCUCUGAGCGACGAGGCGCAUAUACCAGUUUUGGGUUUGCUGCGUUGGCGUUGAACUUGAUCCCGUUUGCCACUUUGGUAUUCAGUUGUACUUCUGCGGUUGGUGCUGCGCUCUGGGCUGCGGACGAAGAAAAGAGGCAAGGCUCCAAGCCCGACAUGUCUGCUGUUCCUGAGCAAGACAAGACGAGAGAUGGGGAUGUCAAGGGCCCACAAUCUCCGUACGUGAGAAAAGUAGUCAUCGCUGCGCGUUUGUUGGGGUUGAACGACCGUAUCGAACGUAUCGUGACCAAACCGAGCGAAGUAACGCCUCCACAGAACUUGAUCAAUACAAAUCCGUUGGGCAAAGUCCCUGCUCUGGUCGUCGACUCAGCUGGAUCUAAGAGGGCCGUGUUUGACAGUCCCGUCAUCCUACAGUACUUCGAUACUAUUUCAGAGCCUCGAGACCGACUCUAUCCCCCUUCGAGCGAUCCCGCGCGGAUCGAUACUCUGAAUUAUGAAGCACUCACCGAUGGAAUCCUCGACGCUACCUAUCUCAUCCGUGCAGAAUCCAUCAAGCAACCCGAAGAACAGCGGUCUGCUCAGUUGAUUGCCGCUCAGAGAAACAAGGUCCGUCGAGGUAUCGAGGCACUGGGCGCGCUACCCGAGCCUGAAUUCCCAUCCGCCAAGGCAGUUGGAUUGGCUUGUACCUUGUGGUAUUUGAACCGCCGAUUACCGGAUUUUAACUGGAGAGAGGGUCAGGGUGGGAAGAAGCUUGAAGAUUGGUUCAAGCGCGCAGUGGAGCAUCCUGCGUGGGUGGAAGAGGGCGAGGUACCACCCUCUUGA